AAUACAUUUUGAAAUACGGGCUUUUAUUUAUAAGGUUCCUCAUUACCAUACGGAAGUGACGUCAUCGGUUGUGCUGAUAGCAGGAUACUAGUCAGGAGAUUCUGUAGCUAGCUAGCUAGCAGGCUAUUCAGCGCUGCGUCUCUUCUCUGCUCUCCGGAGAUGAUGGGUGGUAAAACCAGCUCCAUGGCAGCUGGGGUGGCCGGAGCCAUGUUCAUUGGAUACUGCAUUUAUUUCGACAGAAAACGACGGAGUGAUCCGAACUUCAAGAAAAGGUUGCAAGAACGCAGAAGAAAACAGAAGUCUUCCCAAGAGAAGACUGGAUUAGCAAGGCUGCCUGACCUGAAAGAUGCGGAGGCUGUACAGAAGUUCUUCCUGGAGGAGAUCCAACUGGGAGAGGAGCUGCUAGCACAAGGAGACUAUGAGAAGGGAGUGGAGCACUUGAUCAGUGCCAUAGCAGUGUGUGGUCAGCCCCAGCAGCUGCUCCAGGUGCUACAGCAGACUCUGCCUCCUCCAGUGUUCCAGAUGCUGCUCACCAAACUGCCCACCAUCAGCCAGAGAAUCGUGAGUGCUCAGCGUUUGGCAGAAGAUGACGUUGAGUGAAUGAGUUGGUGUGAGUGUGUGUAACUGCGUGUGUGGCUGUGUAUGACUGUACUGUCUGGCUGUAUGUAAAGUGUGUGUAACUGCGUGUGUGGCUGUGUAUGACUGUACUGUCUGGCUGUAUGUAAAGUGUGUGUAACUGCGUGUGUGGCUGUGUAUGACUGUACUGUCUGGCUGUAUGUAAAGUGUGUGUAACUGCGUGUGUGGCUGUGUAUGACUGUACUGUCUGGCUGUAUGUAAAGUGUGUGUAACUGCGUGUGUGGCUGUGUAUGACUGUACUGUCUGGCUGUAUGUAAAGUGUGUGUAACUGCGUGUGUGGCUGUGUAUGACUGUACUGUCUGGCUGUAUGUAAAGUGUGUGUAACUGCGUGUGUGGCUGUGUAUGACUGUACUGUCUGGCUGUAUGUAAAGUGUGUGUAACUGCGUGUGUGGCUGUGUAUGACUGUACUGUCUGGCUGUAUGUAAAGUGUGUGUAACUGCGUGUGUGGCUGUGUAUGACUGUACUGUCUGGCUGUAUGUAAAGUGCAUUCAGAAAGUAUUCAAACCCUUUGAUUCUUUUUCACAUUUUGUUACAUUAUAGCCUUAUCCUAAAAUUGAUUUUUUUUAAAUCCCCCUCAUCAAUCUACACACAAUACCCCGUAAUGACAAAGAAAAAACAGGUUUUUAGAAAUAUUUGCUAAUUUAUUCGAAAUAAACUUAUUAGGAUAAAAAAAUAUAUAUAUUUUAGAAUAAGGCUGUAACAUAACAAAAUGUGGAAAAAGGGAAGGGGUCUAAAUACUUUUCGUGUGUGUGUGUGUGUGUGUGUGUGUGUGUGUGUGUGUGUGUGUGUGUGUGUGUGGCCUAGUCAAGAUGGCUGCCAUUGGGUGUCUUUCUCACCAACCAGGACAUUGGCUGAUGGUACCUCUGCAUCAGUGCCCUAUAAGAAGCACUUUGCUGUCAUUCUCCACUCUGCCGUCUACUGUAACACAUUCCACAAACUAGAAAUGCAAAAGCCUCCAUCUAUAUGGAUAGUCUUAAAAAUAAGAAAAAUGUAAACUCCAUAAUUAACCUAUUCAGCUAAUCAUCCUAAAUGACCGUGUCAUUCAAUAGCGGGGUACAUUAGAGAUCUUUCAUAUACGAAGGCCCAACUGACUGGAAUACCUACAGAAAUUAGGGCAUUAAAAUCUCUCCGUGAAUUUAUGCUCUUUUGAAAAUGUUAAGAAUGAACUGUUUGUGUUUUUAAACUAAUAAACACCCCCAUGUGAAGAUAUUUGUAAAUAUGUAUGUAUAUAUUAUAGCUACUUGUAUCAGUCGUUUUUCAGUAGUUGUACAACUUAUUUUAUGCCAUUUAUGUAUUUUCUUUUUACUAUGAUUAUUAUUUUUUUUAGACGAAGUUGCCAUAUUAGUCUUGUUACUAAGUUUCGUUUAGGAUUUCUUCAUUUUGGACACUCUUGAAAACCAGAUGGUGCAUUUCUAGAGAUUCUUAUCCAGCAAAAUGUCUAAUAAAUACGUGCACUAUGCAGUAGCCAUGGUC